AAGUGGCCGUCUUUGAGCAGCCGGGUCGCAGUCCCGUCAGGGUCUGCAUGUUCUCGCCUGGAUCCGCCUGCCUCGUCUCCGGGGCGUCUGACGGAAGCAUCGCUUUGUGGGACUUCCAAUCGAGAGCGCUGCGCAGGACGGCUGCGGUGAAGGACGGCUCGGUAGUGGCCUGAUGUUUGUCACAGACACCACCUAUGGGGACAUGCAAGUGUGGGACCUGGAUGCCAACCAGCUCCACGCUGCCAGGGAAGCUCAUGACCUGGGGGUGACUUGCUGCCAUUUCGCACCCCAGAUCCACAGCGAUGAUCAUUCUGUGUGGUUUCGAUUGGCCUCCUGUGGGCAGGACAGCCUGCUGAAGAUAUGGACCGUCUCCCAGCAUGCCACAGGCUGCCGGAUGGAGCUGCUUCACACGCUAACAGGCCAGUCCGCCCCGGUGCUGUCCUGCUCCUUUUCUGCUGACGGAGGGCUCCUGGUGUCCGGCUCUUUGGAUAAAUCCGUCGCUGUAUACGACACUAACUCCGCUUCCCUACUCUAUUCCCUACACCAGCAUCAAAGGUCAGUGAGUGAGCCGUUUAUGCUCAGAUGUACACUGCUGCCCCCUGCUGGUCAUAAUUACAGCUUCUGCCAUGAACCCCCACCACUCCAGGUAUGUGACAGCAUGCGCCUUCUCGCCAACGAUGCCCCUGCUCGCCACGGGCUCCAUGGACCGAUCGGUGAUCAUCUGGAGGGUGGAGGACGGCUCUGGUGGACAGGAUUCAUCUCAGGAGUUGCCAGAGACAGCUGUGGAAGGUGUGCAGUGGGUCGCUCCAGCCUGCCGGUGAGUAGGUGGUCUGAGGAAGACGUGCUGGCCUGGCUGCGUGAGGAAGGUCUGGCAGCACUCGAGAGCUCCUUCAGGGCCAACAACAUCGACGGAGCUGAGCUGCUCUGCCUGGACAAGGAGAUGCUGACCUCUGACCUCCGCAUCGAGUCCGCUGGCCUGCGCAGUAAAGUCCUCCGGAAGAUUGAGGAGAUGAAAACGGCCUCCGAUGACUCCUGUGUCCCCGACGAGCUUCUGUGCCCCAUCACUAGGGAGGUGCUGAGGGACCCCGUCAUUGCAGCAGACGGCUAUUCAUACGAGAGGGAAGCCAUCGAAAGCUGGGUUCGAAACCACAAUCGCUCAAGUCCCAUGACGAACCUACCGCUGCUGACGAUGGCCCUGACCCCCAACCGCACCCUGAAGAUGGCCAUCAGCCGCUGGAAAGCUGCCCAGUGAAACGGGGACACUACUUCUGCAGUUUGUGUCCGACAAUAUCGAUGUGGCAUUACAUUUAUGUAACAGUUAUUUUUUAAAUAUUAGAACUUUAUAAUGUAUAGUAUUUGGUUGUUUGUAAAAUAUAGGUAAAUAUUACAUGUUGUUGUUAAAAAUAUGUAGUGUUAAAUCUAUGAGCCGUUUCCCAGUAUAUAAUAAAGUAAGAACUAUAGUCUGCCACUAGAUGGCAGUGCGUGCCGCGUAAUGAGGCAUCAUCCGUGAGCGCGGCUGUUUCGCGUUGAAGGUCACGAUUUGCUUCUGCAUACGUCACAUCGCUUUUAUGGGGUGCAUUUAUUAGGGCGUCUGGCAAGGCCAGACUGCCUUGCUGUCGAUUAAAUUUGAACAGCCCCAAAUUACAAGGUUUACCAAAAAAAAAAAGUGUUUUCAAGGGGUUGCAUUAGAACAGCAGGGACUUUGCAGUAUAAUUUUAACUGUCAAAAUGGUUGUAUUAUGGAUCUAACAUUAAUGUGCCGUGACAGUGGGGGUGUUAUCCACCUGUUACAAAGCGAUUGAAUGUUUCACACGUGAGGAGAGCAUCUGGCAAUAGUUUAUAAAACUGACAUUUAUUUUUCUGUAA